AAGUAGUUUGUCAUUACGUCACGUUGGCAGAGCUUCCGGGUAAAGUCAGAGCUAGCAGUGCUAACAACAUGAUUGCGCUCGUGAUUUUCGUUUCCUUUUUGGGUUUUCCGUUAACUUCGUCAGUCCCAAACCCGAGGGACGACAGGCCCAUCAUCGGUGUAUUAGCUCAAGAAAAGAAAAAUUCACCGAAACCCAACCAGAACUCCUACAUUGCUGCCUCUUAUGUGAAGACCCUGGAGGCAGCAGGAGCAAGGGUUGUUCCUGUCAUGAUAAACAGGACCCAGGAGGAGUACACAGCCCUCUUCAACUCCAUCAAUGGGAUCCUUCUCCCCGGUGGAAGCGCCAGCAUCUACUCAUCAGGCUAUCAAAGGGCUGCGAAGGUCUUUUAUGAGCUUGCCAUCGAGGCGAACAGAAAGGGCGACUAUUUUCCCAUGUGGGGCACCUGUCUUGGAUUUGAGCAGCUGGUGCUUUUAACGAGUGAAAAGGCUUUACUGACGUCGACCAACACACACGGCGUGCCGUUGCCUCUUAACUUCACUGAUGAUGCCAAUGACAGUCGCCUGUUCGGCGGCUUCCCAGCCGAUCUCAGGGGGAAACUGGCGUCUGAGCCGCUAACAGUCAACACUCACAAGUGGAGUCUAGCAUUGUUGACGUACGACACAAACGAGGAACUGAAGAAGUUCUACAAAGUUCUCUCCACCAAUACAGACGGACAAGUGGAGUUUGUUUCAACGAUGGAAGCGUAUGAUUACCCAAUAUAUGGGACGCAGUGGCAUCCAGAAAAAAAUGCAUUUGAAUGGAGGAUGGACUUUAUUCCACACACCCGUUCAGCGGUCAAGACCACGUUUUACAUCGCAGAAUUCUUCGUCAACGAAGCCAGGAAGAGCUUCCACUCGUUUGAAUCAAAGGACGAGGAGAGGAAAGCGCUAAUCUACAACUUUUCUCCCGUUUACGCUGAUGACCGGAGUGCCUUUGAGCAAAUCUAUCUUUUCUGAUGCCCUUUUGUGGAGAGCUUUCCGUCUUCACCAAGGUGCCAGGCUACCUCACUGAUAAUUCCACGUCAAAUUUUUGCUGCCAUACUUUAAUCCCCUUUUUUAAUGUGAACGAUGGCUCACUCGUCAUCAACUUCGCAUGGCAGUGGUCACUUUCAGUACUUGACUUAAUUUUGUUCCUUUCUCGAUUAUCAACCAAAGCUCAAAAGAUCACAAAGUUAAGCCGCCUGUCCAGGAGAAACAGUGCCACCGUGUAAAAAGCAGCACCGAUGUUCAGAACUGUCUUUUGUUUGCGAGCUAAGCACCUGUCGUAUUGGGCUGUGAAGAGGAUUUUCAGCAAUACGGUAGAGAAAAGAUAUGCUCCAGAAACUGAUCUCCCACCCUACCUUUAAAUGGCCUGUGUUUACAUGGCACAUUUCUAGUCCUUGAUGACCACUCAAAGCUGCUUUACACUCACACUUUCAGGACACAUCCGUGCUCCUGCUGCUAAUAGGAGAAAAAGAGAUGUGACGGUCAACAGGUUAAUACUAUGACGGUGUCUGUAAGUAAGUAAAUAAAUAAAUAGAUGAAUGUAUAGGCACCGCAAAUGGGCUGUUAACAAAACAUCUUCCAACAGGGCUUAGAAAGUUCACUUUCCAUUUCAGGACAGCAACUGGAGAACUGGAAUGUACUGUCAUUGUCAUGUUAUUUUAAAAAUGUUUUUAUGCACAAAUAUGACCAAUCAUCUCAAAUAAAUGAUUGAUACAGAAAA